AUCGCGCGCGCAAAGGAGCGAAUAGUGGGGACUCGCGGUGUGCAAAUGGAAAUAAAAAGAGAGAGAAAGUGAGCAGAGCUGCUGGCCGCCUGUUUUAGCGGGUGGGCCUCUCAGCCAGCCGCGUGUGUGGAGCUGCUGGAGGCGGGAAAAGUCCACGGCGUGGCGGAAUUAUUAUCACACUGCAACACACACUAAACUUGAUGCAGUCGGCGAGAUCCGAGUCGCGAGCGCGGUCGACGCGACUGUGACUGUGGUGCGUGAGUGAGCAGUGAACGUGACAAAGUGUUUUGUUGACUUCUGCUGACGCCGGACAAAAGUGUUCGUUCGCUUCGCCCAGUGAAUUUCAAUAGGAUUCAACACAAGCCUGGAUUUCGCCAUCUGAAUCACAGAUUCUCGCCAGCCGCGGCGGCCCCGGAGCAACGCAGAGAGAGGGCCAAAUGCCGACUUUCUUAAUAUUCAUCUGCAUUGAUCACGCUGCUGGGAACAACCACAAGGCCGCGAGCUGGUGAUUAACAUCCUAAAAAUGCAGCCCGCGAUCAUUCCGGUAAUCAUCAGAGUGUUCGGUGAAGGCGGAACAGCAACGGACGUUCCUGUGACACCAGAAACCACAUGCCGUGAUCUUGUUGAGUGCACCAGAGACCCAGGGGACGAAGACUGCUGUUUAGUGGAGCUCUGGCGUGAUUGCGAGCGCACGCUGCGUGAGGAUGACAGGCCCCUGGAGAUUUUGCAGGAAUGGGGCUGCCACAGGGACGAAGUCAAGUUUGUUCUCCGCUACACCGUCGCACCACCACCAGCGCCCAAGGCCCCCAGGAAAGUCACCUUGCGCAGCAGGAAACGGGGCGCUCGGAAUAAUUCACCGAGCAAUGGUGGAAUGAAGGAACCCGGACCUCUCUGUGAUUUGCUGCCGGAGGGGGCAGGAUUGACGCUGAGCGAGCUGCGCGAGAUGGCAGGUCGACAGCAGCGUCAGAUCGACUCGCAGCGGCAGUUGCUGGCCGCCAAGGAGCAGAGGUUGCUCUACCUGAAGCAGCAGGACGUGCGCAGUCACGCAGCCGCCGCUGAGCAGGAGCGUCUGCGUCGCCUGCGCGCAAAGGUCGAGGCGCAGGAGCUCAAGUUGCGCAAGCUACGCAUCCUUCGCGGCCAGGUGGAUCAGAAUCGCGUCUCCAACAGCGCACUCACCUCCGACUUGGACUCGAUACGAGCCUUAUUCAAUGAGAAGGAAAAGGAGCUUUGCAUGGCCGUGGCCAAAGUGGAGGAGUUGACCCGUCAGCUGGAGGAGGUCAAGAGGGGCCGAGCCGCCUCCACCGGAGCUAAUAACGCUAAUAAUGGGCCCUCUGUAGCAGCGUUGGAGCUUGAAAAGCUUCGCCGAGAACUGAUGUACCGCAACAAACUGAAUGAGCAACAGAGUCAAAAGCUGAGUCAACAGCGGGACGCGAUCACGGCGCGCCACGAAGAAAUGGCUCGGAUAGACGCGCGAAUCUCGGAGCUGCAGGAGCGGCUUCACCGCAAACGCGUGCUAAACCAGCAACUGGCCUCGCAGCUGUCCCAGCAGCAGUCGACGGGCGGUCCCAAUUUUAACGCGGUGCCGCGCAACUCGAGCAGGCCCAACAUCGCGGCCGUGGAGCCGUUCAUCCGGAGACGGAAUCCCCCGAUGGCGCCGGAGGCCCCACCGCCGCAGCUCAGCAAAAGCGACCCCAAGUACCAGACGUUGCCAUACAACACCAAGUUCGCGGCCUCGCUGGCCGCCAGCAGGGCGGCCAGCAAGGCGGCUGAGCAGCAGAACCAGGACCUCCAGCCCAACAUGAAUAAUAAUAACAACAACGUGAACAAUAACAACAAUUACAAUAAUAUGGUCAACCUGGUGCACAGCGCCCCGACCGUUGCCAACGCCAAAAAGGGAUUGGCGAUUGGUGUGAGUCAGGAGCAGCAGGAGCAAAACGCAAAUCAACCCUCUCAACAACAGCAAAGACUACAAAGUGGUCCUGCGUACGUGCCCCCACCACCACCUCCGGCCCCUGCUGGUUCCAGGGGCCAACCGGUCGGCGGUGCCAGCAAUGGGGUCCGCUCGCACAGGCUGAGCGGCUCGGAAUUGGCCCAAAAUGUGGCCUCCAUGGUGCAACAGGUGGCAGGCGCCAGUCACUUGCCCCAUGCAGGUCAGCAGCAACAAGAGCCGGUGACCUCUGCCCCCAGCACCCCGCUCUCCACGCAACAGCGCCCAGUGAGCAGUGUGGCUCCAUCCGUGGUUUCUACGCCCAACCAACAGCAGACGCCUGCGAUGCCACCUCCUGCACAAAAGCCUUCCCCCAUCUACCAGGGUAAAAGCCAAAACUCUGGAGCUGUCUUGCAAAACCUCACCUUGUCCCCGCCUCAAAGUACCUCAACUCCUCUUGGCACUCCCGAUGGCCACUCAGAAGGCGCCACGACCACAAAAACGCGGCCUGCUUUGCCACCAAAGCCCGCGCCACCACCUCGCCUACUCCAACAGCUCUUGCAACAACAGCAGCAACAGAACUCGCAGCAAAAUUCUCCGAAUGAGGAGGCGGGUUCGCCCGUGCCGCCGCCUCCACCCGUGACGGACCCCCCAUCGGACGAGCCGCAGACUUCACCGGGUCAGCAGCAGAGGAGCAACAGUGAGUUGCCCAUUAAGGCUCGCCCUUUGGUGCUCAAAAAACCUUUGAUGGCAGUCGAGCAGCCCAAGCUGAAGGCCUCAGUCGCCAGCAACAGGCGAAUCGAAAUGCCGCCAGCCUUCCUGUUCCCCGAGAACGAACCGCCACCGGCUGACCUCAGCCCGCACUUGUCUGACCCUCCCUUGAAGGAGACCUCGGUGGACGAGCCGGACAGGGUGAUGUCCAACGAGGAGAAGCUGGACAAUGUCGACCUCAUGAAUAACAUCAAUCAGGAGCAUUUGUCUGGAGAGCAGCUAGCCAAGAGAGCAAGAAAAGGUGGCCUUAAAAUCAAGGGAGCUUCCAAAGCACAGGCUGCUAUGAGAAGAGUGAGCUUUGAUCCUCUCGCCCUCCUGCUCGACGCUUCCCUCGAAGGUGAACUCGAGCUGGUGAAGAGGACGGCGGGGCAGGUGACGAACCCCAGUGCCGCCAACGACGAGGGCAUCACGGCGCUCCACAACGCAAUCUGUGCUGGCCACUUUGAGAUAGUCAAGUUUCUAGUGCAGUUUGGUUGUGAUGUCAAUGCCCAAGACAGUGAUGGAUGGACUCCGCUCCACUGCGCGGCCUCUUGCAAUAAUCUUGCCAUGGUCAAGUUCCUCGUGGAGCAUGGCGCCUGCAUUUUCGCCACGACUCAUUCCGAUACUGAAACAGCGGCUGAAAAAUGCGAGGAGGACGAGGAAGGUUUCGACGGCUGCUCCGAGUACCUGUACAGUGUGCAAGAGAAAUUGGGUAUCCUGAAUCAAGGAGUAGUCUACGCCGUCUAUGACUAUGAAGCCCACAACAGUGAUGAGCUGAGCUUCAAUGAUGGCGAGCAGCUUGUUGUUCUCAGAAAAGGAGACGAGCUUGAACGAGAAUGGUGGUGGUCGAAGAUAAAUAACAAGGAAGGAUACGUCCCUCGGAAUCUUCUGGGAUUGUAUCCUCGGGUGAAACCCAACAAGCAAGAAUGACAAAAAGUGAGGACACGACGCGAGGGCCGCCACUACAUCAUGUGAACAGAACAGUUAGUUGUUUUUAAAAUGCCGAUCUGCAGCCUGGGACCAGUCCAAGUAUACAAAUGAACUAGUGGGAUUCAAAUCUGAGUCUAGGAAUCGUGCCUUCAAAUGUAAUGGGAGUGAGGAUAGCUGACGGCCAAGUCAUUGAAUUUAAAAGAGCUGGCGUGUCGGGAUACAACGUGUGUAUAGAGGCAGACUCUAAAUGUACAUGAAGUUGAAUAUUUGUUGUUGUAUCAUAUAUAUGAAAAGGAACACUAUUACAUAUAUCAAAUAAACAAAUGGAAAUAUUUUAUAUAUACAACGGAUAUUAUGAUAAUGCUCUAGCCUAUAAAAUCAUGUUUAUAAGCUAGUCAUGCAUGCAUGAUUUGAGAUAUCGUCGGACAAGAAUUCUCGGCACUUACCACACUCCCCCGCCUAUUUCUUUCCCCACUUGCCCUCUUAUAGUGAGUGUUUGUAACAAUUGUUACUGUUGAAAAUUUCUACGCAAAAGCCAGAUGUUCAUCCUUUCACGAAAUUUUGCCUUACAUGAACGAAACCCUCUUAGAAUGUCUGUGCCCUUCAGCUUGAAAGAGUAAGAAUUGUACUUAUACUUAUUAACAGCAAGUUGUGACCAAAGUAUAUCAUCAGCAAAUGGAGGAUCGAUCACUUUGAAAUGUUUAGUUUCAUUUUUAUAAUUUAAGAGUAACAUCAAGAGUCACAUAUCAAUGGAUUUGCUAAUUUUAUCUCAAUUUAGAAAACAUGCAAAGUGUAUGAAAUCAUUUUUGAUUCCUUUGAAAAAUUGUGAAAAAUCAUUACCAUUUCUGUAAAUUACACGACAUCACUCUUUUAUAUAAAUGUGACAAUGUAUCUUCAAUAAAAACAGUGAUCAUUGCAUAAAGAAAA